AGAGAAAUAACCCCGAAAAGAAAUGGAGGGAAAAAGAUGUGGGCACGAGACAUCGCUUCUCCGGCGACGCACAGCUAGUAGCACUAUAAAACGAAAACCCUAGCACUCGCUCAGAGGUUUAUGGCCAUUUCUCCAAUGGCGUUGAGUUUGUCUUUUAUCCAUUAUUCUCCUAUACAGGCUAUACCAGCUCGCCGACUGUUUGCUAUACCCUUAAUUUAUACUCCCAAAAUUGUUCUGAAAAACUCAAGGCAUUGCUUUUCUACCUUCUCUUGCUCUGCUGGGAGGCCAAUUCCGACGACCGAGGAAGAGGUUCUUCAAGCUGUGCUGGAGUCCGAUGAGAAGAUUCUUCCCUGUGUCCGGACGUACGAGAAUGACUUGUCUCGGCUUUCUCUGGUCGGAGGCGUCGAUUUCCGGCAGUCUGUUACUGCGGCUGCGGCUGAUGGCGGUGAAACCGCCACUGAGCACCUUGAUUCUGGGAUGCCUGCAAUGGUUGUGGAGACUGUAUUUCCGGGAAUUUCUGAUGAACACAGCACUGUCUCGACCCGGCUGUUUUUACCUGCCAGAGAAGUCAAGGAAAAGGCCACGAAGCUCAGAAAGUCUCUCGCUCAAGAUUUCCAUUCAAGUACCUCGUCCAAAAAUAUACUUGCUAUGACGUUUAGACAAGUAGUAUUGCAACAGCUUUGGAACUUCGAACUGGUUGUCUUUACACCCGGAUCUGAGAGGAAUAUGGAAGAUCUUGAAAAUCCUAGAGAGCAGGUUCCAAUUUCUUUCACUCUCAGUUCAUCCGAGGAACGAGCCAUCUCUGUUCUUGCAGAAACUGUUUGCAUGUGUGCUCUUCAAAAUACAGAAGGAAAAUUUGUCAAUGGAACAUCUAGUGGAACUUCAACUAGACUUUUUGGUUGGUUUCGGAAGUCUACGAUAGUUGCAUCAGAGGAUUCUUCAGUUGUUAUCCACAAGUUAUUUGACAACGAGGUGGCUGAUCCUAAGAGUCUAUUACAAAAAUUUAAUUCAAAUAAGGAGAGCUGGAAACAUAGGAAUUUUAAAUCGAUGAACUAUUGGUGGAUGCCCUCUGAACUCACUAAGCUAGAAAAAUUUGGUGGAUCUGAAUUCUGUGCAUGGGUUAGCGAGCAUGUACCUGCUUACAGGCUACAAAUCGAUGCUCAUCAGUUCAAUGACAUAAAACUUGGAGGCUGGAGAGAAUUUGUUGAGAAUAGGUGGGAAGUCCUUUUGACCCACUCCCAAAUGGUAGGAUUGGCUAACAUAUUAGACAUUUUCUAUGAAGAUGUAUAUUCUCUCCCCGAUAAACAACUGCAAUGUGGUGCAAAUGUGCUUUCUGCUAACUUGUUAAGCAAAAAGCGAAACUAUUCCUCCUGGGGAUUGCUAUCCAAGACUUUAGCUGGUGGAGUUUUUUUUGUUGCUAUUGGUGCUAUUGGUCAACGAUUUAUGUCUCGAGUUCGUUUGCCUGGACGGUAUAGUGUAGAACAGCCCAUUACAUCACUUGAUGGACUUAGCUCUGUGAAAAAUCAAGCUAUGGAAGCUGCAAAGUUGGAAGACUACUGCAUCUCAGUUGUAAAAAUUAUAAAAGAUGCAUUUGGUUGGCAUGGUGAUGUACACAUGGAUAAGAGAGUUGGUGCGUGGAUUGGGGAAGCUCCUGAUUACUUGACUGUGGUUGAAUCUGAUAUUGGAAGUGAAGAUGCUCCAUCGGGUAUGAUUGGAGAAGAAAAUAUUGAUGAAGUAAAAGCUUCUGCUCAGGAUAUUGCUAGUUAUCAGGUGGUCCUGACGACUGAAGGAAAGAUUGUAGGAUUCCAACCAACCAGUCGGGUUGCUGUUAACUAUUGGGCCGCAAAUCCUUUAGCAAAGCAAUUAUACGGUGGGAAGAAUUUGUCCCCGGGCCUUCUCGAAACUGGGUUAAGGAUCAAGCGCCCAAAUGAUGUUGUUGUAAUAGAGUUGCUCAUGUCGGUGAAGACUGAUACUUUCUUUGCUUUGGCAAGGCCCGUAUAUUACUCAACACCCUGAGUUCGCAGCAGGCUCAAUUUAUGGAAACGCCAUCCUUGGAGUGAAAUUGGAUAUUUAGAUACUAGUACAGCUCUGGUUAGUUUUAUAGGCUUCCAGUCUCCCCUAAUGGAACCGUCAUCCCGUGCAUUUCGCGUAAUUCACCUCCAUGCUGUUGGAGUCAUAUAGAUGGUUAUUCGAAUAACAUAGGAAAUUUUGUAUUGAUGAUGUUCAAAUAAGCUUUCAUGGUUUGUAAUAUAAACGCUACGAGGAACAGUUUAUAUUGAUUUAGUAUGCAUUUGUGCAUAUUGCUUUUAGGCGAUUCA